ACAGAGGCAUUUGGCGAGGGAAGUGCCACCGUGUCCAAAGUGAAAAGAUCCAGACGAUACUUGAGUCUGUGGCUGUCUUGUUUACAGUGGUUGUGCCAGGCCUUUGAAGACCUGUGGCCAACAACGUGUUAAGGUUUUAUUGCUUACCUGUAUUAUUUCGUUACAAGGGUCAGUGUAUGAAAGCUCCAAUCUGGAUCGAGGCGGCAACAACAGGAAGAAGAAGAUAGAGGCAUUCUCUAGGUCUUCUCGGGAGAAACUGGUCCAGUCAAAGAACAAAAUGUUUUCCAAAUUUACGUCCAUUCUUCAGCAUGCUGUUGAAGCGCUUGCCCCGUCGCUGCCCUUGCAGGAGGACUUUGUCUAUCACUGGAAGGCCAUUACACAUUAUUACAUCGAGACUUCUGAUGACAAAGCUCCAGUCACAGACACCAAUAUCCCAUCCCACCUGGAACAGAUGCUGGACAUCCUGACCCAGGAGGAGAAGGAGAGGGAGUCUGGAGAGACGGGACCCUGCAUGGAGUAUCUCCUACACCACAAGAUCCUGGAGACUCUCUACACCUUGGGAAAGGCAGAUUGUCCUCCAGGGAUGAAGCAGCAGGUGCUCACCUUUUACACAAAGCUGCUAGCACACAUUCGUCAACCUCUCCUGCCACACAUCAAUGUGCACAGACCUGUCCAGAAACUGGUCCGUCUGUGUGGAGAGGUGCUGGCUGCUCCUACAGAAAACGAAGAGAUUCAAUUCCUUUGUAUAGUCUGUUCCAAACUGAAGCAGGACCCAUACCUUGUCAACUUCUUCCUCGAGAACAAAUCAAAGCGACCUGAAGCAAAAGGUCCUGCAGAGACAGCGGCGGGGAAGGAGAAUGUGUUGGAUCCAGACACCGGUCAGUCUACGGUAGUGGAGCGGGCUGACCGCCCAGAGGAAGCUGCAGCUGCUGCCUCUACCUCUAGUCCCACUAAUAACAACAAUAACAGCAACAAUUACAAUCUCGUCACAUCACUGCUCAACCUCACAAAGAGUCCCGAUGGCAGGAUAGUGGUGAAGGCAUGUGAGGGUCUGAUGCUGCUGGUCAGUUUACCAGAGCCUGCAGCUGCCAAGUGUUUAACAGAAAACACCGAGCUCUGUGAGCUCCUGACUGACAGGCUGGUGUCCUUCUAUAAAGCCCUGCCGCAGUCCAUGGACCCCUUGGACAUUGAGACAGUGGAGUCUGUUAACUGGGGUCUGGACGUGUAUAACCUGAAGGAGGAUGCUGCUAUCUUCACAGGAAAGAGGCCUCUCAUCUCCUUCCUGUCGUGGCUAGAUUACUGUGACCAGCUCAUCAAGGAAGCUCAGAAGUCAGCAGCAGCAGUGAUGGCAAGAAAUGUGAGGGAAAGAUUCUUUGUGUCUGUGAUGGAGCCGCAGCUGAUGCAGACGUCGGAGGUGGGCAUCCUGACCUCCACGGCCCUGCUGAACAGGAUCAUCAGGCAGGUGACUUCAGAGGCUCUGCUGCAGGAGAUGAUCUACUUCCUGCUGGGAGAGGAGACAGAGCCAGAGACCGCUGCGACUGUGGCUCAGAAUCCACUGCGGCACCGACUCAUCGAGCACUGCGACCACCUCUCAGACGAGAUCAGCAUCAUGACGCUGCGGCUCUUUGAGCAGCUGAUCCAGAAGCCCAACCAUCACAUCCUCCACAGCUUGGUGCUGCGCAGCCUGGAGGAGAGGAACUACCUGGAGAACAAACCCCAGGAGGAGCGGGAGCCCCUGGAGAACGGGCAGCCCCACGAUGCCGUAGACCUUGAGGAGGAUCCACUGUUCGGUGAUGACCUCUCUCCUGACAGCAGGCUGUCCGGAUCUGAUUGGCUCAGCUCCUCUCCACCACAGAGUCCUGACAACUCAAAGUCUGACGGCAAGACGGAGGUCCACAAGAUUGUCAACAGCUUCCUGUGUUUGGUGCCUGAUGAGGCGAAGUCAUCGUAUCAAGUCGAAGGCACGGGCUAUGACACCUACCUCAGAGACGCUCACAGACAGUUCAGGGACUAUUGUGGGGUCUGCCAGCGGUGGGACUGGAGAGGGAGUCCAAAACCUCUCGAGAAGUGUAACCUGGACAGCCCCUUCUUCGAGGGCCACUUCCUCAAAGUCCUCUUCGACAGGAUGGGCCGCAUUCUCGAUCAGCCCUACGAUGUGAACCUGCAGGUUACCGCUGUGCUCUCCAAGCUGUCCAUGUUCCCACACCCCCACCUGCACGAGUACCUGCUGGACCCUUACAUCAACCUGGCCCCCGGCUGCAGGUCCCUGUUCUCCGUCAUCGUCAGGGUGGUGGGAGAUCUCAUGUUGAGGAUUCAGCGAAUCCCAGACUUCACCCCCAAACUGCUGCUCGUCAGGAAGAGAUUAUUAGGUCUGGAGCCGGAGGGCAUCAAUGUCGACCACAUGACUCUGCUGGAGGGCGUGAUCGUGCUGGAGGAGUUCUGCAAAGAGCUGGCGGCUAUCGCCUUCGUCAAAUACCACGCUGCUUCCUCCUCCUCGCCGUAAACCCCCCACCUGUUCCUCAGCCAGCAGGCGCAGGGGUCAGAGGUGGACCGGGCCUUCGCGGCUCACACUGUAAACAGGGCGGCAACACUUUACCACUAACUGCUCGUCGCUGUAAGACUGUUAAAGCCUCCCCCACCCCCCCUCUUUUGGCCACUAAAAAAAGUCUUUGGUCCUGUUUUUGAGACAUCAGAGCACAGACACUGCCCCCCCCAGCAGAGAUAGGAGGAGGAUGGAGGUGCAGAGAGACACAUGACUUUUUCUAGCCUCUUGCUCUCACUCCCCCCCCCCCUCUCUUUCCCACCAGCCAAAAGAGGACCGCCCUGUAAUUAUCAUAUCAUGCAGAAAAGUGUUUGUGUAUUUAUUUUCUGUCCCAUAAUCACACAUUUGUAAACGUCUUUGCCUUAGUGUGUUCUCGCACCUUUCAGUUACAGAUCGUUUCCUUUGAAACAUUGAAUCCGCGUGUUGUCUGUUUGAAGACAAGAAGCUGUAGAGAAAAGAAUCCCCUCCCCACAUGUACCUGUAGUUACAUACAUGAUGAGCUGUAGUAUUUACGAUACUGCCCUCGUGUUUUAAAUGCCAAGUCUUAUUUAUUUGUUUGCUUUCAGGUUGCCUUUUUAACUAAUGUCAUUAAUAAGAAUUGAAACAGUCCAGCUAAGGACUGAUCCACUUAAACUGUUUUCUUCGUCUUUCUUAAGUUUGUCUUUAAAUGCUUUUGCUCUCAAAAGUCACUUGUGAUAUUUACCAUCAUCCAAAGAAAAAUUUGAAUUUAGCAAAUUGUGUGAAUUUGCACACGGACCUCAUUGCAUUGCACUCGUUACAUUAUUCAUGCUUUUUUAGGAAGUUGGCAUUUGUGGAAGAGACGUUUUGUUUUGAUUCCACUUUCCUCCAGACCCAGUGUUCACAUCCCACACACCAGUGUUUGUUUUAUCCGAGGGAUUCUGUGUUAUUGUCUGUUUUAAUCCAUUCAUAAUUCUCAAUAAUGACUUCAUUGUAUUGAUGGAAUGCAGAGCAGCAAGCCUUGUUGUAAUUUACCAGUAUCAUAAAGGCAUUACUUAGAGCAGUGUUUCAACUACAAAAAAUUGGGUGUUUUAUUGGCAUUUAUUUAAAGUUGUCGUGUCAUUUACAACAAAACGGGCUACAACAAUAAGAACAUUGAAAAAAGAAAAUGUGUGUAGCAGAAUUUCAUUAUCCUGCAUCACUGUUGAGUACAGAAGAGGUUAAGGCCCACAGGUGAAUACUUUUUCAGACAUUCUACCAAAAGUUAAUUUACUUUUUUCUGACUUUUGUCUGGAAUUCUGAGAAAGUACAUUGCUGACUCUCUGUCUCAGAAAAAAACAAAAACACUUUUGGUUAGCUAAAAAAGAAAUUCACGUAGCCCCAAUCAUCUGCCGUAGUUUAUCAUCUCAUGGCUCUUGCAUCUUGACACCCUUUGUUGGUUCCAGACCUCCAUAGGUAAUCAUGACUUCCUGUUUGGUGUUGCGUUUAUUUGCAGUAUUACCUUUGUAUUGAAUGACGAGGGGCUGUGUUGUUGGAACGGGUUGUUUGGUAUUAAAUUGCCUGGAUAUUUCAGAAGGUGUCGGGAACUCAAAAUCUCCUCAUUAAUUAAUCUAAAGAUGCUUCUUAAUGGUUGUGUUGUGUUAUCAGUGUGAAUGUUCCCUUGAAUGCUGAGCGUGUUGGGUGAUGAGUUUGUUUAGGUGUGAGUGUUCUGAUUUAUCAUUGCGAUGGAGAGUAGACAUAGUCAUUGAAGCCAUGAGUCGCUAAUCUUAACCCCCCCCCCCCCUCCCUUUCUUCUUUUGGUCCCACCUUAAUCCCAUCACUCAAGCCCCUCCUCUACAUUAUGCAACAGCUUGCAUGGAAUCACAUUUUGCACAUUUCCUCAUCUUUGCUCGUUCAUGAUGUAAAUAUACACAACAAAAAGCUUUUCUUUUCUCCAAAUGUUUCAUAAACCAAAAAAAAACAAACCCUAGGAUGUAACAUUUCUAUUUUAAUGGGAAACCUUUUUUAAAUUGUCAAAUCAUGCACAUUUUUUAAUCAACUAUCUUUCCAACUGUACAUUUGUAUAUUGUAUGUGUACAAUAGCAAUAUAGAUAUACUACCUGGUGUAAAUGCAUGCUUAAACAUUAUUUUUCUUUGUUGAAAAGAAAGGCAGUCCGGCCACCUGUGACAUAUGAUGCCUUACUUUCACUGUGGGUCUCAUGUAAGGCUUCCUGCUUCACUACCAUUCUGUUAAUGAUCUAUUAUUACAUCGGGUUGCUUCGGAAGAUGUACAGGACUCUGUAGUCAAAACUCUGAUGCCAAUUGGUUUUAUUCUCCUGUACAGCUUCGACCAAUCACUGUAUCAUGUUGCUUUCCUUUACGCUGCUUCUCUGGUGUUUAAAUGGGAUGAUUCGUCCUACUCAUGGCCAGUUUGAUUUUUGUGAUUGUGCAAUGCAUUAUUAAAACAUUAAGGUGCACGCUCACUCCUCCUGCCUCCCAAUGCUUCGUAGAUUUAAUUGUACCUUUGGAAUUUCAUUUCAACACUGCUGUUAUACAGUGCGUUAGGUUUCGUUCAGAACAUGGUUUCUUUAACAUUCUCCGUCCCAAAUAAAAAAGGAAAACAUGA